AUGUCAAAAUCACGUAGUUAGUCUUCCAUACCUGCUUUUUUAUAGAAAACAUAUGAUAUUUUAGAAGUAUAAGUGAUUAAUAAUACUAAGAAUUCUUAACUUUUAGACGUUGUUGGUUGGAAUGAAGAUGGUUCAGGUUUCUUAGUGAAGAAUGUAAUAGCUUUUCAGGAUCAAGUAUUACCUAUGUAUUUUAAACACAGAAAUUUUGCUUCUUUUGUUAGAUAGGUAAAUAUUAAAAAAUUAUAGAGAUUAGAUGAAUAUGUAUGGAUUUCAUAAAUCAAGAAGUGAUUAAAAGGAAAAUGAAUUUAUACAUCCUCAUUUUAAGAAGGAUCAAAGGUAAAUUUUAUUAUUAAUAAUAGAAACCUAUUAAAAAAAAUAAAGAGAAAAUCAGGGGAACAUGGUGAUGAUCAAUUUACUAUAAUGGAAUUGAAACCUCAUCGUAAUCAAAAUAUAUCAGAUGUAAAAAUAUAAUAGAUGUAAUAAAUUUAGAAAUAAAUUCAACAGAUAAUGACUAAAUAAUAAGAGUUGGAGAAGGUGUGUAAAAUUUUGAUUGAAUAAAAUAAUAAAAUAUUACAAUGCAAUUAGUAAUUAAGAAAUCAAUUAGUUCAAGAAAAGUAAUUAUUGUUAUUCUAAAUUAUAUUAGAUUUAAUGGAAAUAAAAAAUUAUAGAAAUUGAAGGAUUACUUUAUUUGUUAAUAAUAAAUAUAGGGUGAUUGUUUAUAAGUAAUAAUAUAGUAUAAUAAUAAUUAAGAAAAGAUCACUUGAAGAUUUAAUUUCAUCAGAUAAUGAAGAAUUAAUACUUCCUAAUAUAAAAAAGAUUAAAGGGGAGGAUUCUGAUAGUACAUUUGAUAAAAUGGAAUAAUUAUAUGGACAACCACCUUUAAUGUUAACUACCACUUUAGUUGAGAAUGAUGGUAUGAUUCAAUUAUUAGAUGAUCAUCAAUUCAACGAUAUCUACUUUGAUUGAGC